CCCACUCAGAGCCGCUAUCCGACCCUCGGAGAGGUAGUCGCCUUUUAUGGUCCCAAGGUUGUCUCAGUGAUGAGGCCAAGGCGAGGCAAUACGUUCAGAGCCGGCCAGCGCAAAGAAGGAGUCCUUUCAACUUACACCUACCACGCCAACUUAAUGACGACGGGGGGGGGAACGUACUCUGAGGCCUGCCAAGGUUUUAACGGGACGGAGGCAGUUUCUACAUUAGCCCGACAGCCAUUUCUGAUGGGUGUCACCCCAUCAUACUAAGGUGCCAGAAUGCCGCACAGUGGUGCCGCUUCAUACAAGCCGCGGCAAAAAAUAGAGGGAAUCGAGGUAGGGCUUUGAAAUUUGGCACACAUCUCUCAUAUUGCCAAAUUAGAUAAAAAAAAAUUUUGUUAAAAUCCGCCCACAACCACGCCCACCUCCCAUAUAACACAAAAAUCAAAAAUCAUCCUACAGUAACAAAAUUUUCUACAGUGUAAUAUUUUGUAAAUAUAAGCUUGUCCAGAAAAAAUAAAGCAAAUCCGCCCACAAUUACGCCCAUCUCCCAUAUAAAUAAUAUAAUCACAAAAGUUGCAUUUUCGCUGUUAUCAGGUACAGUUGCAGUAGAUUAAAAUGCUAAUUACUCAUGAGUUGGCAGCUCAUUGCAGCUGAUUUUUUUUUCUAUCGAUUAAGGAGAUUUUAAAGUUUAUUUUGUGUAAGUGGCUAACCUUCGCGCUCCUGCGCACAAUAGUUAUAUUCUGUUGAAGUUGUGAAAUAUAUGAUUUUUUUGUACCAUGAAAAAACAUCAUUUUAAGAAAAAUUUUGAAAAAGAAAGUAUGCAUUUGAUGAUGUAAAUCACAUCUAUAAUAUUGGUUUUAAUAAAUAAAAACUUUACAAUUGAUAUUUUAUGGUUAACUUUUGAGUUUUAACCUUUGCAAUAUUAAUCACAUUUUUCUGAGUAACUUUGCGUUGAUACUUUGUUGGACUUUGAAGCUCUCCCAACAAAAAACCAUUGAAUAUAUCAAGCCCAAGUUUUCGGAUAAUGAUAUUUGAUUAGUUCUUAGCUUAAAUUGAAAAGAUGGUACAAAUUUGGAGUGAUGAAAAAAAUCCUUUUUUUCCGCUCUGGCACCACUGUGUGCCGCCACCACUAGCCCAGGGUUCUAACAGAUCCAGAUAAGUUUCCUAUUCUAAAAACCAGUUCGAUGCCAGAAAAAGUCGCCAAGGGAGAUGUAAGGCCGUGAAGGCCGCGGCCCAUUUGGCGUUACCCAGGAUGCAUCAGCGUGGAGGCGACCUGCAUUACAUCCCGAUUUGACAGUUAGAGCCGUUUUCACAGUGAUUAGUUAACGAAUGGUUGAAGAUAACUAAUUGGUUUUCAUUUCAAAGUGAAUUGUCAACCAUUAGUUAACUCAUCUCCCGGGCAUUGGUUGACGAUUAGUUAACAAACAGCUGUUCGAAUGUCAAACUAUUUAUUUUUAUUAAAAGAAAAAUAAAAUAAAUCUAAAAAACAAUUUGGUGGGAAGUAGUGAUCACAACAAUGGAGUUCAGUGACAGUGACGACGAUUACGAAGAGCUGCUAAAAGUGGUAAUUUUCCGUCGGAAAAAAGAAAUACGGGAGCGAUUUAAUUUCUUUUAACUUUAUGAUGAAAAGGACUUUAGAGAGCGUUUCCGCCUAUGCAAAGAUGCUGCAUGGGAAGUAUUGCAGCUCAUACGUCCAGAUAUACAGCAUGCUACCACAUGGAAUAAUGCGUUGUCGCCGGAUCAUAUGUUGGCCAUUACAUUGAGGUUUUAUGCCACUGGCAGUAUUCAGCAAUUGAUUGGAGAUGUGUCAGGAGUGUCUACUAGCACAGUAUCAAGAGUUGUUACUCUUGUUUCAGAUAAAAUAGCAAGGCUGCGAGAACGUUUUAUACGAUUUCCUACCACAACGGAAGAUAUACAUCAAAAACAGAAAGAGUUUUUUCGAAUUGCUAAAUUUCCCAGAGUUAUUGGUGCCUUAGAUUGCACGCACGUAAAAAUUCAGUCACCUGGUGAGCUGAAACACCUCAAAACCGUAAUGAAUAUCUAUUUUUACAUGUUUCCUUCCUUUUCAGGCGGAGACCAUGCGGAACUAUUUCGUAAUAGAAAAAGCAUAUUUUCUUUUAAUGUACAAACGAUUUGCGAUGCUCGUUUGAUGAUUUUAGACAUAGUUGCUAGGUGGCCAGGAUCAACACAUGAUGCUACCAUAUUACGAAACUCUUGUAUUUUUGCUCGUCUUGAGAACGGAGAGUUCGGAGAUGGACUUGUGCUUGCUGAUAAAGGGUAUGAAAACAAUAAUCGGAUUUUAACACCGCUUCAUUCCGUUAACAGUGCAGCUGAAAGACUAUAUAACGAAUCACAUAUUCGGUCAAGAAAUCCAAUUGAACGCUCUUAUGGUGUUUGGAAGCGAAGGUUUCCAGUAUUGUCUUUGGGUAUACGAAUGAAUUGCACCAAAGUCCAAUCAAUAAUUGUCGCCACAGCAGUGUUGCAAAAUAUAUGCUGCUUACAUCGCGAUACUGAAGCUCCUCCUUUAGAUCCUGAGAUUGAUACGCAAAUUUUGUCAGUUUUAAGCAUACCGAAUAAUCGCAGCUCUGAUCGGCGUACUGAAAAAAAUGUGACGAGGAAUAAUUUAAUAAAUGGGUACUUUGCAACCUUAUAA